CUCUUUCAUUCUUCCUUUCUCCCUCCUCCUCCCCUCCGCCUGGGAAAGUGGGUUAGGAAGGGAGCCCAGCCUUCAGAGACUUGCUCAGCAGCUCGCUUCAGCAGGAGGCGGAGGAGGAGGAGGAGGAGGAGGCAGCAAAGCCAACAAACUCCCCGCCUUUGAGGGGGGUCUCCUUGGCCCUUGGGGCGCUCUUUUGGACUUCUUCUCCGUUUCUUUCUCGCCCUCAGCUUGGGACUCCUGGUCCUCCUCCUCCUCCUCCUUUUUGUGGCCCUUUCCCUCUCUUCUCGGCUUUUUCUCCCGCCUUUUCCUCCGCCGGGGAAGGAGCUGAGGCGGUGGAGGGGGUCGAGCUCCAGUCUCCUAAGAACCGCAAUAGCAACGGGGAAAGAAGGAUCAUAUAUAUAAGGACUUUCGAGCUCUCCAGUCCAGUGCUGGAGGAAGAGAGGGAAGGAAGGAAGGAAGGAAGGAAGGAAGGAAGGAAAAAAGAAGAAGGGGGAAAGCAAAGCCAGAGGAGAGCUCUUCCCAGCGCCAGGGACGGAGUUGUGGGGGCAUUUUUAGCCACCGCUUUGCUGGCUUCCCGCUUCUUCUUGGUCUUGGAAGAGCCCGGUCCCCGAGAGAGAGAGAGCGAGCGAGCGAGGGGCCAGUGCCGCCUGCCUGCCUUCCUUCUCUCUUUGCCUCCUUGGCCCCGCGGUGCAGCCAUGCUCGGAAGGGCUCAGGCGGAGGGGAGCCAGGUCCCUUUGGUCCUACUCAGACUGCUCUGCCUUCUCCCCACAGGGCUGCCGGUCCGCAGCGUGGAUUAUAACCGAGGCACCGACAACAUCACCGUCCGGCAGGGAGACACCGCCAUCCUCAGGUGUUUUAUAGAAGACAAAAGCUCCAAGGUGGCCUGGUUAAAUCGUUCUGGCAUCAUUUUUGCUGGUCAGGACAAGUGGUCCCUGGACCCCCGAGUAGAGCUCCAGCAGCUUUCUCUUCUGGAAUACAGCCUUCGGAUCCAGAAAGUGGAUGUCUACGAUGAAGGAUCAUACACAUGCUCAGUGCAGACACUGCAUCAUCCCAAGACUUCCCAGGUUUAUUUGAUUGUUCAAGUUCCACCAAAGAUCUCCAACAUCUCUUCAGAUGUCACUGUGAAUGAAGGAAGCAAUGUGACCUUGGUGUGUAUGGCAAAUGGACGUCCUGAACCUGUGAUCACUUGGCGACACCUAACUCCUACAGGCAGGGAAUUUGAAGGUGAGGAAGAAUUCCUGGAGAUCCUGGGGAUAACAAGAGAGCAGUCAGGCAAAUAUGAGUGCAAAGCUGCAAAUGAAGUUUCCACAGCAGAUGUCAAGCAAGUCCGAGUCACUGUGAACUACCCUCCAACUAUCACGGAAUCCAAGAGCAAUGAAUCUGCUACAGGACGGCCAGUUUCACUGAAGUGUGCAGCCUCUGCUGUACCCACGCCUGAUUUUGAGUGGUACAGAGAUGAUACUAGGAUAAACAAUGCCAAUGGUCUGGAGAUCAGGAGCACAGGGAGCCAGUCCUUCCUGACAGUGGCCAAUGUCACUGAAGAACAUUAUGGCAACUACACCUGUGUGGCUACCAACAAACUGGGAAUCACAAAUGCUAGCCUAUUUCUUUACAGACCUGGUACAGGGAUAGCAGGCAAUGGAUCAAUGCGUCUGGCCGUACCACUGUGGCUGUUGGCAGCAUCCCUGCUCUGCCUACUCAGCAAAUGUUAAUAACAUCCAAAUUUUAAAACAAGGGAAAAAAUUUAAAAACCCAGCAACAACAAGAACAACACACAAAGCAAAACAAACAAAAAAUGUCAUACAGGAGACAGAGCAAGAGAAAGAGGGGGAGGGAAAGGACAGCUUCUUUCACAACUUUUGUGUGUACCACAACGGAGGGGAAAUUUUUCAAUGAAGAAGAAUCAGCAACAUUUAUUACAAACUGUCAAGUCACUGACCAUCCAGGAGUGUGAGAGAUGAGACGGAUCACUCUAUAGAGGCUGGCUCCUGCCAAGGAUGCUGAGAUGCUGGAAAAAAGAAAUAUCAACAAUGAAAUUAACAUGUAUUCUCUCCGAUCCCUCAUAUC